AUGGAUCUUACUGGACUGCCCCAGGCGGCACCCUCAAGGCCCGAGAACAAGUUGCGUUAUGCAGAUGUAGCCGUCACACCAACAGCGAAAGAGUUUGCGGGCAUCUAUCGAGGAAAACAAUACCAUGAACCAGACUUUACCAACACGCUGGACCGGGCAUGGGAUGCGGGAGUAGAAAAGGUCAUGCUCACUGGAAUGUCGGUGACCGACGUCUCGUCCAACCUGGCAAUCGCCAAGUCGCGACCUCCAAACUCUUGCUUUGUCACCAUGGGGGUGCAUCCCUAUAAUGCCGGCGAACCUGGUCCCGCGGGAUCAGAGUACUAUGACAAACUGGGGCAAGCCAUCAGGGACGCCCUAGCGGAGCCAGUGCCUCUGAUCAAGGCAUACGGAGAAUUGGGUCUGGAUUAUGACCGUCUCGUUCAUGCAGACAAGGAGACACAGAUUGCCACGUUCAAGGCGCAACUGGACAUGGUUAUCAAGGAGAAAUGGGAUCUGCCUCUGUUCCUCCACUGCCGCGCUGCAUUUGACGACUUUGUGGACAUCAUCAGCCCUUACCUGGAAAAACUACCACGGCGCGGGCUGGUACACAGCUUUGUCGGCACGCGCGCUCAAAUGGAGAAACUUGUUGACCUGGGAUUCGACGUGAGCGUGAAUGGGUUCAGCUUUCAGGACCGAGAGAGCUUGGACAUGGUGGCGGCGAUUCCACUGGAGAAGCUGCAGAUUGAAACCGACGCCCCGUGGGGUGAGAUCAAGGCCACGUCCGACAUUGCAAAGCGGUACUUGGUGAAUGCGGCUCCUGCACCGCUGAGCAAAAAGAAGGAUAAAUGGGAUCCCAAGUACAUGGUCAAGGAGCGCAACGAGAGUAAUUCCAUGGAAAAGGUUGCCUUGAUUGUGGCAGGGCUCAAGGGGAUUAGUGUAGAGCAAGUCGCAAAUACAGCAUGGCAGAAUAGUGUCGACAUGUUUAAUUUGUAG